AUGGGUUUCGUUGCUUCACACUCUUCCCAUUCACUCUCUUCCCCUCAUUCUUCUCUGCAACUGUCUUCCUCCUCCUCAUCCUCAUCCUCAUGGUCAAAGUCAACUCUUUUCAGCGGGACCCCACUUUCCUUUUCUCCCCCAACCGGCCAAAAAGCACAAACUAUUAAACGACUCGUCCUGUUCUCAAAGAGAGUUUCACCUCUAGAAGAGGCCAUGAGAAUCAGGAGAGAACGAGAGCUUCAAAAGACGACUAAGUUUAGAAAAAGACCGCCAUUGAGGCGGGGAAGAGUAUCGCCACGGUUGCCAGUGCCUGAUGAUAUUCCAAAGCCUCCAUAUUUUGGUUCAAAUGAGUUGCCAGAGAUUUCAAGUGAGCAUCAAAUUCAUGACUCUGAAGGGAUUGUUAAAAUGAGGGCUGCUUGCGAGCUUGCUGCUCGCGUUUUGGAGAAUGCUGGCAAAUUGGUUAGGGUAAGCAGUGUAAAUAGAUUUGGCUUGGGAUGGGAGCCGUUGUUUAUGCUAGUGAACCCGUUCUAUGAUGCAAGGCUAGAGUUUUUUAGUCAAUCUGUUGGCAUUUCUGAUGCUUUGUAUCAACUGCAGGGUGUUUCCAGUUUGCAUAUGCUUGUCAUGCUGCCAUCAGUUACAACGAAUGAGAUUGACAAAGCAGUGCACCAGAUGAUCAUUGAUGCUGGUGCUUAUCCUUCACCUCUUGGUUAUGGAGGAUUCCCGAAGAGUGUAUGUACAUCAGUUAAUGAGUGCAUGUGUCAUGGAAUACCUGACUCCCGUCAGCUACAGGAUGGUGACAUAAUAAACAUUGAUGUGACUGUCUACUUAAAUGGCUAUCAUGGAGACACUUCAAAAACAUUUCUUUGUGGGAAUGUCAGCGAUGCACUUAAGCGUUUUGUGAAGGUGACUGAGGAGUGUUUGGAAAGAGGGAUAGCUGUUUGCAAAGAUGGUGCUAGUUUCAAGAAAAUUGGAAAGAAAAUUAGAGGCCUUGUGAGUCAUGAGCAUAGCAGCAGUCUAUCAUCCUUGCUUUAUGAGCCGGUUCUGGACUAA